CUUGUGGGGGGCCUUGGAGGGUAGCUUUUGAGCUCCGCGCCGCAAUGCAGCUGAUCCCGCCUUUGCCCUCGCAACCGGUUCCUCCUCCUCCAUGGUCAAACUACAACACCAAAGUCAGCAUUCUUCACUCAAUGAAAAAGAAGCUGGGGCACAUGGACACAGAGAUGUACCCUCUGGGGCAGAACCCAGGCUACUCGAAUCCUUGGGUUACCAUGCCGCAUCCAGUUAUUCCGGCUCCAAAUACACUUCAAUAUGGAGGGCCAUGGCCAACUGCAAGAUCACGCAGCCAAAUUCCAAGCCAGACCCAUGGUGGGUGGGUGCAAGCUCACAUCAACAGCAAAAUAGACACUGAAAGAGAGACAUUGGCAGAAAAGCUCCAAGAUACAGCAUCCCAAUUCUACGCUCAAGUAAAUGGGUGGUUUUUGUCCUUCUAUGAGGGCACUUAUCCUUCUAUUGGAAGACUUUUAUCCAACAUAGACCUAAGGUAUGUACGGCGAGUGCAGAUGAUGCCAGAACUGCUGGGGAAUGUCGUUGUCAGUCUGAUUCUUGAGUCAGGGAGUUUUGAGUUUCAUGUGCCGAGCAGAGGAGAAGCUGAAGGGUGGUGUGCCGCCAUCACAGCUGUGAUAUUGGGAUGGUCUCAACUUCGAAUAGAUUCAGAGGUGCAGCGGCCUUCUUCCUUUAGCACCCUGCCGCGACAAUCUGAAUCAAGUUCAGUGGUUCCCAGAAGGAAUGAGUUGAGCCAUUCUCAAUUGCGCCACGCAUGGGCUGCUUGUGUCAGGGCAGUGUCCCAAGGCAAUCCUGCACCAACUGAAGCCUUUGAACACAUUUUCUCGCUCUACGAUCAGGAUCAUAGUGAAACCUUGUCUCUACAGGAGAUCAGGUCGAUGCUGAAAGAUCUCUUGGCGCUGCGGAACAGUGAAGCUCAACAUGCGCUGGAAAGACAUAUUCCUGAAGUUCAGAAGUAUCAGAGAGGAGGCGCUUGUCACUUGGAUUUCAAAACUCAAUCCCGGCUCUCAGAUGCUGCUCGCAACGCGUCUGCGCUUGGCACUACGCUGGUGGCAGAUUAUGCAAGACUGAGCGACAGCUUUGAGUCCAGAUGCAUCCUUUUGCAAUCUCAACUUGACUUGUCGGCAGAUCAACUUGUGGCCUUACCUGAGUUCUUGGCAGCAGCACCUCGAGUGCUUCUACCUGAGAGUGAGUUGAAAGCUGAAGCGCAGUUUUACAAUUCCAUCUCUUUCAUCUUAAAACUUACUCAAAAGGCACAACCUGCAGAUUUGGACUGUGACGACGCUGGCAUUUGCGUUCAUCAAUAGGGGUGCUGAUCUUGGAU